GUAUAGCAAAGCCCUCGUCGAAGUUUGCUUCGUGUCCGUUACAAAGUCGCUCUUCUGAUUGUCACUACCGUAUUUCUAGAUCUAGCGAAAGCCAAUAGGAGCAAGAACAAUGGAAAUAUAGUUUGGGUACCUAGUGGCUUCGGUGGCUGCACUCGCUUUCUUUGAUACUUAUUCUUAUUGAACUUUUUCUAUGUCAGCACAGCGUCAGCGGCAGAAGAUGGUGCUGCUUCUGUUGCGCGCAAAAGGAUUUUCCAGUAGUGGAAGCAUCACAAGAUCUACAUCUACUCCCCUGCUUCACGAACAUUAAGAGCCGUUGAUAGCACUCUCGAGCGGCUUUUCUAAACAAAAACCAAAAAUCCUUACCCUCGUCCGGCCUGUAACGCAAGACCGGAAAGCACCGGCAUUUGCCAAGGAAGUUGUGAGCAAGGUAGAAGUUGUGCGUGAGCACGAAGAUCCUGGUUUCCUUCAAGGUGAAGCACUUGGUUGCGGACGCGUCGCCGUGUCGGGAAGCUCGAUGUUGCCGAUCUUUUAUAUCUUGCUACGAGACGAGUAGAAGUAGAACCCGCCGCCGCGUCGAUCAUGGUAUUCGACAUCGGCAAGGUCGAGGAAUGCAAGGAAAACAUAGUGCCCUUGAAGCGCGGACGGGGCGCUGCUGCCUUAGUGGUUCUUGACGAGGAGCCGGAGCAGCAGGACUCACGACUGGACGAGGAGCGAGCGCGGUGGGAGGCAGAUAUCAGAAAUGAAUCCUCGCCGGACCCCUUGGCCGCAUGGUAAACCUUCCAUUUCACCUGAUUCUUUCUGUAGUUGUGUUGUCUGGUCGGACGUUCCGUUGUUUUGUUCAUUCUUAGCGAUGAAGUCGAAAGGCAUGAUAAGCAAGCCGGAUCGAUAGAGUGUAUGAUGUGAUGAACGUGCCACUGUUGGUACAGGAAGACGAAGAUAUCAAAAAUGAACAAAUAUGUUUUAUGAUUACGACUACCCCGAGCUGCAGCCCAUUGCUUCAUAAUGUCUUCCUUUUCCUUAUUGAUUUGCUCCUCACCUGAAAGAAUAUAUUUAUAAGAAGUACUCUUCCGCACCCGUACACGUGCUUCUACUCGUUCCGCACCAUAAAAUGAAACUUGCAGGCACGGUUAUGCCAAAUGGUGGCAGCAGCAAACGACGCGGAAAGCCCACCCAAUGGAAUUUCAACAAUAUCUCGAACGCGCCACCCGGAAGUUUUUCGCAGAGACCCGGUACAAGAGCGACUACCGAUACUUGACACUGUGGCUCAUGUAUGGCGAGCAUUGUCUGAAGAACAGCGUCGAUAUGUUUCCAUUUCUCUGGGCUAAUGGCAUUGGGCAGACCUUCGGUAUCAAACUAUUUCAAAAGUAAUCGAAAUACAAAUAGUCUAUUUGUAUUUCGAUUACUUUCCUAUAAGACCACCAACUCACUGAUCAUGUAAAGAUGGCUUCAUUUUCAGCAUCUAUUACUGCGGCGCACUUAACAGAGUCAAAGGAGUGGACGACGGGCUAGCAACUGUGCUGAGUGGUCGCAUCGAUCUAUUUUAUUCAUCUACCGAUCGUUUUAGUUGAUAUCAAAAGAACGUCUUCCGUUGUACAGGUCUUUUCUACAUGGCUUGGGCCUCGGUACUGGAGAAAGCGCGUCGGUUCGAGGAUACCGAAGACGUUUACAAGAUGGGUCUCGCGCGGAAGGCCGAGCCUUUCGUGAAGCUGCAGGAGGACUACGACCGAUUCCAGGUGCGCAUGGUGGAGCGGGUGAAGCGCGAUCUGAAGGACCAGAACGAGAGCGAUGAUGUGCCACCUGAACAAAUGGAGCAGAUGCCGCAGCACCAGCAGGCCAGUUCCUCCAGCAGUCGUCAGGCCUUCAACCCACUGAGUGGGAAGGACGCAAAAUCGAUGGUGCGACGUCCGGUCGUCGGCGGUUUGCUCGGCCAAAUGAUGUCGUCAUCGCAGCCGCAACCGGUUGGCAACGACCGCUGGGGACAGGCAACGUCAUGCUCCGGGUCUUCCGUUCCUGGUCAGACCUCGUCUUCAAUACCACCCGCUUCUGCCAGCGCGUUCGCCACGGCUCGCAAUUGGACCGUCCUGUCGCCGAGGGACGAACUUGCUGGGGCACAGCGACAGAACAUAUUUGACUUUGUACAGAAUUUUGCAUUUGCUGCAUUUUCAUAUCAGUUGUGUGCUUACGUGCCGUUGCCGUAGAAAAAGUAGAAAACAAUGCACAUACGUAUCUGGUGACUUCAUGUGCUUGUCCAUGUGCAGCUGCUUGAGUUCAAAAUGCAAAUUCUAAUACAACAUAUACCAUAGGAGUCCGAGUGGAGUCAAUUGCCAUUUCCCACAUCGCUAGAAGCAGCGCCAGCUUUCCGGUCCGAAAACGUCAAGAAGGCUGUGAACUGGGACGGAAUGAAGGCGAUUCCGGCCGCGCCCGCUUCGUCGACGUCAUCGUCAGGUUACAGGAACAUCAUACCGAACAAAAAAACAACCACUGCAAGCAGUUCCUUUGAAUUGUUUUGCGACGAUGAGUUCCAGGAAUACUCAGAGGCGUUGCAAAAGGAAGAUGAGCGCCCUCAUGUUACAGCUGUUGCACCAUCUACGGCAGCUACUUCUGUGACUUGUCCAUCGGGUCCGAAAACCAAGAAGCGUGCGUUCGGGCGGGUGCUAGACGUGGCCGAGGAAAAGAUGGAAGACUCUCAGCCCGCUUGCGCCGCGAUGGCAGUACCGGGAGCAACCACCACGCCUGGCGCUAGCGAUCAGCCAGUUAAACCCUCCAGUAGUUCGAGCUCGAGGGUGCACUUCGGUGAAAUGCAAGUGCUAAGGCACGAAAGCGAAGGUCCGGGCGGUCCCCCAGCAGCUACAUAUGGUCACCGACUACAGCGAUGCAAUGAUCAGCUGGUUCCUGGUGGAGGGCGGGUGGAUAACAGGGGAAACGAGAAGAGUGACAUGCUAAAAAUGCAGAGUAAGAACGACCUGAGCCACGAAGUCACGUUGAUCCUGGAACAAGAUCCGACCUCCGGACCCCUCCCAGCGAUGGAGUCGCAUCACGACAGCCGAAAGAAAAGCAAUUUCGUUUUCGGCUUUCUGCCGUCCGGAAUAUCGAUAGAGGAAAUGCGGGCAGAAAAAUUCUGGGAUGCGUGGCGCAAGAAAGAGACUAGCGACGGUGCUGCAAAAAUCCUGCCGCUUCCACUCGGCGCCGGUCGCCUGCUAAGCGAUACACAUACAGGGGGAGUUGAUGUUGAGCAGCAUCACUCGACAAGAAAAGGUGCGUCAGAACCGCAAUUUUCAUCAAGCGCGCAACAAGGCACUACCAGUGCGGGCAGGAAUGACAUCAAACGCGACAACGUGAUGAAUGCCGAUCAUGAUGUUCAACCAUUGCCAUUUUCCGAGCACCGCGAUCGCCCACAUGUCAGCAUCGAACCGGAAAUGACCAACGCCGGCAACAUGACUCGGGAAGUGCGUCGGAUUCUCGAGGGCGGCGGCGAGAACAACACCGGCUUGUUUGGCCGCGGCCGCUCAGGCGCCGCUGCCCACGGUGUGGCGCUAAACGAGGAGGAGCUCACCUUCGCGACCAAGCGCGCCAUGAGGGACGUUGGCGCGCUCUUCGACGACACGACAGGGAAAAUUCAGGAUUUGGCGCCGAAGGCAAAGCGGCCACGACAGCUAAAAGCACAUUCUUCCAUCAUCGGGGCCUCAACAAGCCUUCCCGACGUAUCAAAAUCACAGCCGGCGCUUCAUUUUCACUCAAAGAAAUCCGAGGCAAAAACCAGCCAGGGUGCUGGCGGUGCUGCGGGCAGCAGAGAAUCUUCCAUCGCGGACGGGCGCAAGAGUGGUCAGGCGGAUGCGAGAAGGUCCGCGGUAAGCGCCCGCUCGUCGGGCUCGGGAAAGAAAAUCUUGCGGCCGCACCAUUCCUUCGAUUCGAAGUUGUCGCAAAAGCGCGAACAAGAGCUCACCGGGCCGCUGAAAAAGAGCCUACAGGACCGCAUGCUCCGCCAGCGCAGUCCCUCAAGCGGGCAGAAGCGACCACCCGGAUCUCACAGCAAGCCACUACCGUCUCGGGGCGCUUCACCGUCCAUGAGUUUGAACAACUCCGCGGUUUUCGGUGGGCGCCGUGAUGUUUCCAUGGAAAUUCCUCAGCGGCCGGCUUCCGACGAGAACGCGGUUCCCCUGGAGCACUCCGCAGAACUGUUGCACCACAUAUCGACGAGUGGCGGCGGCGGGGGCCUGGUCAUGAAUCAGAGCGCUGUAACAGCAGGCACGGGAGGUGGUAGCAGCAGUAGCUCCGCGAGUGGUGCUGGCCCGCCGGUCGUGGUGAACAACAACGGGCGGAUCAUCAGUGGUCUCUCGCCGCGACACCCACGGGCGGGCGCCGGGGGCGGGAUGCUGUUUGGAAACCGCCCGCAAAUUCCGCUGUUCCGGUCCAACAGCAACCCGCGCCAUCCUGGAGAGAUGAACUCCGAGCCGCUGCCUGCCGUGCUUCGGCGGGACAACAGCGGCAGCCGCGAAAGGCGACGGCCGAACCCCAACGUGCCCGUUCAGAACGUGACUCAGGUCACCCGCGCGGACUUCGCCGUGUACGACGAGAUGGCCGCCGCGUCGGCGCAAAGCCCCCCGGCGCGACCCAGUCCAGCUGACCAAAGGCGUUUGUCGCUGCUGCACUUGAGCCCCAGUGUGGCUGGCGGAAUCGCCGCUCGGGGGGGCACGAUGAUGAACAGCACGAACUGGAGCGCCCGGCGACGCGAUCAGCAGCAGAACAGUGCCGGGAAAAUUUUCGAAUCGGUUUCCGCGGUUCGUGGCGGGGGUCAGCAGCAACACCAGCAGCGGUCGGUCGUGCGUGCAGGAGCAGCGAGCCGGUUGCCGCAGCACGCCGGGGGCAGCAGCGAAGUCAUCGGCUCCUCUGGCGGGGGCGUUGCUGCGGGGCACCAACACCCUGAGGACGACUUACUGUCUUGCGGAAAAGUGCGCCUCUUCAGUACACAGGAUCCGUUCGAUGUCGACAACGCAGGCUCAGCCAGCCGACGCGGCACGACCAGCCGUCGCACGGACCAUGACAGGAUAUCCGGGCGUAGGGAUCCGCCGGUCUCCGCGUCACAGCGAGUGUUUGACUCGCCGUGACAAAAAGUUGCGCUCGCUUGAUGAAAGAGGACGAGAGGCCUGUUAUAGUCCUCCACGGCUGAUGCGUAGGAGGAGAUCGAUGCUUGCACUGUUUGAUUGGGAAACGAAGGUUCCGGUUUGGUUAAGGACUCUUCAAUGCCGAGUAAUAAACACAUUUUAACAAGAACAAAGAGCUGGAGGAGUCCUCUGAUCCUGAUCCAAUUCCAAAUGUGGAAAAGAUAAUCGAAUGCGCUAAAAGCACAAGCAGAAGCAAGAUGAUAUUAUAUAUCAUCUUUUCAAAGGAAACACUAUGCGCAUCGCGAAAAGGGCUAUGCCUAGUAUUUGCGUUGCUAUGAAACGGAUCCCGG